AUGCUCGCUCUACUUCUCGUCCUAGUGGCUCUGACGAGCUACUUCCUCGUGAGAAUGCGCCAGCAACGCGGGAUGUUCAGAAAUCUCCCUGGGCCGCCGCAUCACGCUAUCUGGGGUCACUUUUUAAUCAUGCGAGAUAUCGCAAGCUCUCUUCCCCCUGAUGCAACUCCACAGCUGUUUGCGCACUUGAUGCGCCAACGGUACGGUCUCGGUGAUUUCUUCUACCUCGAUCUGUGGCCUCUCGCACCGCCGCAGCUUGUCAUUGCCCAUCCAGAACUGGCUACCCAGAUCGUCCACAAGAUGAAUCUGCCCAAGGAGUCGGCAGUCAUGCAGAAAUGGACCGGUCCAAUCCUUGGCGAGAAAUCCAUGGUCUCUGCGAAUGGACACGACUGGUUCAUUGCCCGCAAGUCUUUCACUCCGGGCUUCCAGCCGCGGAAGCUGCAGCAGCAUAUACCUCAUAUUGUGGAUGAGACGCAGGCUUUUGCUGAUAUUCUAAGAGAACAUUUUCAUAUGAAUGAUAUCUUUAAAAUGGAAGAUCUGGUUGCCAGGAUGAUAUUUAAUAUCUCAGCUGGGGUGAUCUUGGGAAUCAAAUGCAACGCACAGAGGGAUGACGAUGAGUUUCUCGAACUCUUCCGGAAACAGGCCGCCUUGGCGCCUCAGGACUUUUGGUCUCGGUAUCUUUACGACGUCAGCCCCCGUCGAUACUAUAGGAAGUGGAGCAACGGACGUGCUUUAGAUCGUUAUGUUGGUCGUCUGGUUGAUCAACGAGUCGUCAGCGGCCCUGCUGCCAAUCCAGACCAGAAGACCAAAUACUACGCUAUCGACGAUGCUAUUGCAACCAGCCGCACCCUGAACAAAAAUAUACCACAUACUUCUUCUUUGGAUAAGUAUACACGGGACAUGCUCAUCACAUCCGUCAAGACCCUCAUCUUCGCUGGUCACGACACCUCGGCCAGUACUCUAUGCUAUACCUUUGCGGCCAUAAGCAAACACCCGCAAGUCCUCAACACCCUUCGAAAGGAACAUAACGCCCUCUUCGGCACUGACCCUUCCGCCGCGGCGGAUCUUCUCCGCGACGACCCCAACCUUGUGAACAACCUCCCCUACACCCUUGCGGUCAUCAAAGAGGCUCUUCGUCUCUGGCCUCCAACAGGUAUCAGCCUUCGCCGCGGCCAACCAGACCAAACCCUUUUUGCAGAGGGCAAAGAAUGGCCCACAUACCCCUUCGCGGUCCUUGUUAACAACUGUGCCACCAUGCGCCGGGAAGAUCUCUUCAAGGAUGCAGAGAGAUUUUAUCCCGAGAGGCACCUCGUUAAUGAUCCCACUGAUCCAUACUUUGUCCCGCGUGACGCGUGGAGACCGUUUGAGAAGGGACCACGGAUGUGUCUGGGCCAGACGUUGGCUUUGAUGCAACUCAAGAUUGCCCUAGUGAUGACGGUGAGGACCUUUGAUUUUGAGAUUGUUUACGAAGAGGGGACAUUCAUGUAUCAGGUUUUGGAUGUCACGGCUAAGCCGUCACUGGGGUUGCCGACUAGGGUCAAAUUAGUUGAGUAG